UUUUUAGCAGAAUGGCUAUGCUUAUGCGGAGCGCAUGCAGCACCAUACGGCUAGCAGCAUGUGUCGAACGACUUGCUCUUCAAACCAGGACUUUGUCAAUCUCGGCUAGAUUAUUGUCAGAACGCAGAUACACCAAGAAACACGAAUGGGUAGCCGUCAAGGGAGAUAUUGGAACUGUUGGUAUUACAGACUUUGCAGCGGAACAACUUGGUGACAUAGUUUUCGUCGAACUUCCUGAAGUAGGAACGGAAAUUUCCCAAGGUGACACUACCGGAGCUGUGGAAAGCGUAAAAGCAGCUUCGGAUGUGUAUGCCCCAGUUUCGGGUAAAGUUACGGAAAAGAAUAUAGCAUUGGAGCAGGAAUCUGGAAAAAUUAACAAAAGUCCAUUUGGAGAUGGUUGGAUGUACAAACUAAAAUUGAGCAAACCAAAGGAAUUGGACGAUCUACUAGACGAGGAUCAGUACCAAAAGUUCAAGAAAGAAGAGGAGGCCGCAGAGCACUAGAAAGUGCUUUUUUGCGGGUCGCUUAUCUUUUGAAUUUUGCUUUCUGUAUAGCCGAUAACGUAGACAUUCCAUAUGGAUCUAGUUUAGGCGAAUUGUUUUGUUUUUGCUCAGUCCAUGAGUAUGAGCUGUUUCAGCACUGUUUUGCAGCGCAGUCAUAAACAUUUAUCAUUUGAA